UACCUAUACGCUGGAAAGAUUAUUGUCUUCUUCAGUAACUUAAUCUGUUAAGUAACACAUUGCCUUCGUCCAGAAGAACGACAUCAUCCCAUUUCCCCGAGUGUUGCUCGAUAGGAAAACGAGUAGAAUUCCACCUACGUUCGUAAAUUUUGAAGAUUGAAGGCACAGGGCUCCUAAAAAGUAUGCGCGUAUUGCCAUGUUACGUUUAACCUUUGCGACCUUUGCGAUUGACAGUGAGCGCAGCCUGCAACAUGUCGAACCAAGAAGAAUUGAUGGAAAGUUUAAAAAAGGAUGUGCGUUCCUUGCUUAUUGCAACAAAGGAGGGCCUUGCACCACAAGAGCUGGAAAAAGAGUAUAAAAUGAUGAUAGGUAACCCCAUGCCACUUCGAUCUCUUGGCUAUCAGUCCAUCCAUGGCCUAAUAAAUGAUAUCCCCGAUGUGGUCAGUGUUGAGCACAGCAAAGAUGGCAGUAUUUUGCUUAAAGCAAUUGUUACUGAAGCUACAAAAGGGAUAGCAGAUUUAGUAGCCAAGCAGAAAUCGUCCAAACCUAGGACUAGAUCUACUUUGAAAAGAUCCCGGUUUUCAUCGUACCGAUCUCAACCUUCGCUUCCGAGGAGAGGGCGGACCCCACCUAUCCUUCCAGCUGCAGUCAAGUGUGAACUACGAUCUUUACUUGCAUGGUCUCCAGUUUUGCUGUCAGAAUUUGAGCAGCAGUUUAAGAGGAGGUUUGGCAGAACAUUCCAGUAUACCCGCUAUGGUUUCUACUCCAUGUUUGAGGUGCUGGAGGCUGCUGCUGACUUUGUAGAGGUUCAGCAGACAAGAAUGGGCUCCCUUGUAAUGCUGAAGAAACGAACUGUGGUAAAUAAAAUGCAAGAGAAGGUGUCUAUAAAGGCAGGUUGGAAGCAGUUUUGCUCAGUAGAAGUACAGCCAGCGAAGCUGCAUGUCACACCAGUUAACACGCCACCUGAAACACCUGCUCAGGAAAUCUCACUGGAAACUCUCCCUAUACUGAAACUUCCAGAAAUGAAGAUACAGCCAAAGCCAGAUGUAGACUUCUUCACUGAAAGUUUGAAGAAAGUGGAAGAAGAGAUUAAAUCUGGGCUAAUGAAUAUUGGCAUUGGAGCAAUUGUUGACCAAGAAAUGAAAGAAAAGAUACGUUUUGUAGUGGCUCAGAAGCCUGAAGGGUUAUUACUUUCCCGAUUGCCUGCAGAUUACAAGAAUAUUUUUGAAGAGGACCUUCCAUUUAAGACUCUUGGAUUUUUGAGUGUGAAGGAACUGGUUGGAGCACUGAGUGACAUUCUUCAUAUUGAGAGCAAAGAGCAUGAACCAGAUUGGCUGCUAUUUGACAGAGAGAAGGCCAAGAGCUUCCAAACUCAUACUAAAGAGAAGGAAUUGCCCAGUAGUGAAUUAUGGGUUGAUUCAGUUUCAUUCCAAUCUGCAUUUAUCUCCAGCUGGGAGCAGCCAAUUCAAGAUACAGACAGUACAGAAAAAAAUGAAGGAAUUCUAAUACCAGAAGUCAGAUUUGUAACAAAGGUUGCACAGCAGAUUCCUCAAACCAUCAAACCUUCUCUGGUUACUUUUAAAGAAGAUGGCGACGACUGGAUCCCACCAGAUGCUAUUGAAGAUGGCUGCCUCCAUAGCAUGCCAGAGAUGGACGAGUGUACAUUGGUUGCAGUAUAUGUUGAAAGCAUUACUUCACCAAGCCAGUUUUAUAUUCGUCUUUGCAGUAAGGAAACAUCUGAUAGGCUGGUCGAUAUGAUGUUUGAAAUGAGACGUUGCUAUUCUAAUGAAGAAGUGCAAAAACGCUACAGAAUGCGGGAAAAGUUUUUUCGUGCAGGUCAAGUGUGUUGCUUACGGACAGCUGGUGAAGUUUGGUGGUACCGUAUUGUUAUCCAUCGGCUUGUGAGUGAAGAGAAAGUAGAAGUUUUCUACAUUGAUUUUGGAAACAUGGAGACUGUGGAGAAAUCUCAUAUCUGCCUUCUGAAGUGUGUAUAUAGUGGUGGCUGAUUUGAACAUGUGAUAGUAUGAUUGCUUUAAUUUUAAACCAGGACAAAUCCUAUAAAAUUAAGCAGUGUUCUUUCUGUGGUCUUGUGUACUAAAAUGUGUUGUAGCUGUGGUUCUAUUCAUUAUAACUAGGGGAGUUAUGAAAAUUGCCAACAUUUUUCAAGCAGGUUGUAAUUUCUUUUUUCUCUCUAUUCAGCAUAAACUUCACAGAUACUAUACUUAUUUAAUUUUUAUGCUGACUUUGGGGUAUUUGCAGGCAAAACAGUGCUUUACUACCAUAUCAUGUUCUCAUAUGGUGUUCCAGUAGCACUUUCAGGAGUUCUGUGGUACAGAGCCAUCCCUAGAAUUGCAUUAGAAUUGUAUUUAUCCAAUUACAGGUCUGUAGACUGAAGUAAAGCCUGACUGUAUUUGUCAAAAAAUAGUCUUUGUGAUACAAGUUGCAGAAUGUUCAGAAUGGUUACUUUGAAUGAUGGCAUUUUUUGUUUAUGUAAUAAUUACACUGUUUCCACUAGUCUUUCAAGGUGACCAUGUGCAAAAAAACACUACAAGCAGUUAUAGAGUGGUCCUUCAUUUGUGGAGAGAGAAUGAAUAAAAACAAAUCCAUGCUUAAUUAA